AUUCAAGGCCUACCGAUCGCACCUCAUCGGGCGUGAAAUUGAUAAGACGCCUUGUGGUUUUUUUGUGCUCCGAAGCUCGUCACAGCCCGGGAAUAGUGCAAAUGGUCCCAUCUGGUAAAUCCCAUUGAAUCGCAAAAAAUCGUCGUGGGCCCCUUCGCACCCAUUGACGACCAAAUCCAGGACCAGAUUGUGGUCGAUGGUCAGAACCAUCUCAGUUCUGGAACAAACAGCGGGUUGCCCAUCACCGGUAGUCCCAUUGUCUUAAAGAUGAAUGAUGUUCCGCAGCUUUCGUCCGUUGGGCUUCUUGAACUUGCCCAUCGUGAGUACCAAGCUGGGGAUUAUGAAAAUGCAGAGAGGCACUGUAUGCAGUUGUGGAGACAGGAUCAGACCAAUACGGGGGUUUUACUGCUUUUGUCAAGCAUACAUUUCCAGUGCAGGCGUUUAGACAAAUCCGCACAUUUCAGCACUUUGGCAAUCAAACAAAAUCCACUCCUCGCCGAAGCUUACAGUAAUUUGGGCAACGUGUACAAAGAAAGAAGUCAGCUGCAAGAAGCACUCGAUAAUUAUCGACAUGCAGUGCGUCUUAAACCAGAUUUUAUUGAUGGAUACAUCAACUUAGCUGCAGCUCUUGUUGCUGCAGGAGAUAUGGAGCAAGCAGUUCAAGCAUACAUUACCGCAUUGCAGUACAAUCCAGAUCUCUACUGUGUUCGUAGCGAUUUGGGUAACCUCCUAAAAGCAUUAGGUCGUUUAGACGAGGCCAAGGCGUGUUAUUUGAAAGCUAUCGAGACUAGACCGGAUUUCGCCGUCGCUUGGAGCAAUCUUGGAUGCGUUUUUAACGCUCAAGGGGAGAUCUGGCUCGCGAUACAUCAUUUCGAAAAAGCAGUCGGUUUGGAUCCCAAUUUCUUGGAUGCCUACAUCAAUCUGGGCAAUGUGCUGAAAGAAGCGCGAAUUUUCGAUCGGGCGGUAGCGGCGUAUUUGCGGGCCCUAAACCUCUCGCCCAACAAUGCCGUCGUCCACGGCAACCUGGCCUGUGUCUACUACGAACAGGGUCUCAUUGACUUGGCCAUCGACACGUAUCGAAGGGCCAUCGAGUUGCAGCCCAACUUCCCCGACGCCUACUGCAACCUGGCGAACGCCCUUAAGGAAAAGGGCCAGGUGGCGGAGGCCGAAGAGUGCUACAACACAGCGCUGCGCUUGUGCCCUUCACAUGCCGACUCACUCAAUAACUUGGCCAAUAUCAAACGCGAACAGGGUUACAUCGAGGAGGCGACUCGCCUCUACCUAAAAGCACUGGAAGUGUUCCCAGAGUUCGCAGCCGCUCACAGCAACCUCGCCUCCGUGUUACAACAACAGGGUAAACUAAACGAAGCGCUAAUGCAUUACAAGGAGGCGAUCCGGAUCCAGCCGACCUUCGCCGACGCCUACUCCAACAUGGGGAACACCCUGAAGGAGAUGCAGGACGUUUCGGGCGCCCUCCAGUGCUACACUCGGGCGAUUCAGAUCAAUCCAGCUUUUGCCGACGCUCACAGCAACCUAGCGAGCAUCCACAAGGACUCGGGAAACAUUCCAGAAGCGAUACAGUCGUACCGAACGGCCUUGAAACUCAAGCCGGACUUUCCAGACGCCUACUGCAACCUCGCCCAUUGUCUUCAAAUCGUCUGUGAUUGGACAGAUUAUGACGCCAGGAUGAAGAAAUUGGUCAGUAUUGUUGCCGACCAGCUCGAGAAAAACCGACUACCUUCGGUCCACCCCCACCACUCAAUGCUCUACCCCCUAUCACACGAGUUCCGUAAAGCCAUAGCGGCACGUCAUGCCAACUUAUGCCUGGAAAAAAUCCACGUGUUGCACAAACACCCCUACAAAUUCACUACAGAGUUAAAGGGGCGGCUGAGAGUCGGUUACGUGAGCAGUGAUUUUGGGAAUCACCCAACCUCACACUUGAUGCAGUCGGUUCCGGGGUUACACGACCGCUCCCGAGUCGAGAUUUUCUGCUAUGCGUUGAGUCAAGACGAUGGGACGACGUUCAGGAGUAAAAUAUCGCGCGAAGCUGAGCAUUUUAUCGAUCUAUCGCAGAUUCCCUGCAAUGGGAAGGCGGCCGAUCGCAUUCAUGCCGAUGGUAUUCAUAUUUUGGUCAAUAUGAAUGGGUAUACCAAAGGCGCCCGUAAUGAGAUUUUCGCGCUGAAGCCGGCGCCGGUUCAGGUCAUGUGGUUGGGGUAUCCCGGGACCAGUGGGGCGAGUUUCAUGGACUAUUUGGUGACGGAUGCGGUGACGUCGCCGGUUGAGUUGGCCAGUCAGUAUAGCGAGAAACUGGCCUAUAUGCCUUAUACUUAUUUUGUGGGGGAUCAUAGACAGAUGUUUCCGCAUCUUAAGGAGAGACUCAUCGUGAGUGAUAAGAAUAACAGUACAAAUUCGAAUUUGGCCGAUAAUGUGGCCAUUAUUAAUGCGACGGAUUUGUCGCCGUUGGUUGAAAGUACGGAGGUUAAGGAAAUCAAGGAGGUCGUCAAGGCUGCAAAAAUGGUGGAAAUCAGUCUAAAAGUGGCCGAACUCCCCACAACAACCCCCAUUGAAAACAUGAUCGCCUCUGGCCAGGUCCAGACUUCACUCAACGGCGUAGUGGUCCAAAACGGCCUCGCCACCACCCAAACCAACAACAAAGCCGCCACCGGUGAAGAAGUCCCCCAGAACAUCGUAAUCACGACCCGACAACAAUACGGACUCCCUGACGACGCCGUCGUCUAUUGCAAUUUCAACCAAUUGUACAAAAUCGAUCCGAUGACAUUGCACAUGUGGGUCAACAUAUUAAAGGCUGUGCCCAAUUCCGUUCUCUGGCUGUUGCGUUUCCCGGCCGUUGGCGAGCCCAAUUUACAAGCAACAGCACAGCAAUUGGGGCUUCCCCCAGGCAGGAUUCUGUUCAGUAAUGUGGCGGCUAAAGAGGAGCAUGUGAGGAGGGGACAGUUGGCGGAUGUGUGUUUGGAUACGCCCUUGUGUAAUGGACAUACCACCAGUAUGGAUGUUUUGUGGACGGGGACGCCGGUCGUGACCUUCCCGGGGGAAACCCUGGCUUCAAGGGUGGCUGCCAGUCAGUUGGCUACACUUGGGUGUCCGGAAUUGAUAGCACGGUCCAGGCAGGAGUAUCAAGAAAUUGCUAUCAAGCUAGGAACUGAUAAGGAAUAUUUGAAGGCGAUGAGGCACAAAGUUUGGGCAGCUCGCACCACAUCGCCGCUGUUUGACUGCAAACAGUACGCCCAAGGUCUGGAAUUGUUGUACUGCAAAAUGUGGGAACGAUUCGCUGCAGGGCUCAAGCCAGAUCAUAUAACUGACACAACCGCAAAAAAAUAGAAACAAAUUGAUUUUUGUGGGACUGAUAUUUACUCAUCUAAAUUAUUUUGUAAUUUCUAGCUUUUGGACAGAGUUGUGUGAAGACUCCAGAUCAUGAUGUUAAUUUAGUUCAAGUUGUAUGCAGUUAUUAUUGAGUUGUGAAAUGUGACAUAAGAUCGCUGUGUUGUAUUAUAAUAUAUUUCAACAAGUUCA